CUCACAUGUUCCUCUCUCCUACCCUCUUUCUCACACUCAACCUCAGUCCGCGUGACGAAGCGUCGGAGGCAGCCGUCGAUAUUGAAAUCGCAGUUCCCGUGGAGUUCAAUGAGGUGGAGUGUGUGAUCGGCGAGCUUGCGGCUUUUUCUAAUCCUAGGGUGUUCCUCUCAGCAACCUUCAAUCCUCGCAAUCAAUCAACGAUGCCUCAGCGCUUUGCGGGAAAGCUGUGCAGAUUCCUGUUUGAGCAUCUCGAUCAAAGGACAUUCGGCGAGCAGCUGGUAUGGCUCGACCGACGGGCAGGCGUAUUCCAGCUGCUCUGGAAGCACGGCAACGGAAGUGCACAUGAGCCGUACAGAGAUUGCGCCGUAUUCAUGGCUUGGGACCAGUGCAAGAUGCGCUCACAUCGUUGCAAGCCAUUUGAGGCCAAGCAGCGAUUUCGCGCAGCGAUGGCGAAGAUGCGACUUCAAACCCUCAAAUCUUGGAGAGCCCAUCAGCCACUGAAGGGAUUCCAGUUCCGUCGAUUUCCAAAGGCAGACCUAGACUACCUCCUCAGAAACGGCAAGAAAACACGUGGCGCAAGGCGCUCGCGCCGUGGUUCAGUCUACUCUGACUGUGUGAGCGAGACCGAAUGCUCAGACCCCACUGCUGCUGAAGCCCUCUCUACCAAGCUGCCUAUCAGGAUGGCAACAGUGAAAACUGAAGAAGACAUUACAUGCAACAUGGCUCAAAUGGAGGACAGCAAGCUCGCUAUUUUGCCGACAAUGCCAGAAGAAUUCCUGGCAUCGCCGCAAGGUUAUAGUGCAUCGACAGAAGAAGUGAGCGAAGUCUACAUCGACGGGAGAGUGGGUGGGGGCUACAGCGAUGAUUUGGGCAUGGAUGUUGCUGGUGAAUAUGACCACAUAAACAUUACCCGCAAUGGCGAUGAGGAAAUUAUCAUCUGCACGUGCUCGAGAGACGACCCACAGGCUCCGCGGUGCCUUUGGUGCUUUCUUCUAGAGCUCAGCGACCCUCCCAUUAACCCGGUUUUCAGGUUUGAUGUUAAAACGCUUCCAGGAACUCUUUUAAUUAUCUAGUCACAAACGUCUAUCUGCACUGCACCUGGGGUCCCAGAGCACCGUGAGUGGGAAACAAAGAUAUCUAACCUAAAAGAUACACAUGUAGCAUUGCCACACGAUGGUCUGUGCUGUGUACCUGCUGUCUUUCAGAUGACCAUGUAUCUAGUGCUGUUCAUUUACAUAUUCCUGUUAAUUCAUCAGUUUGAAGCACUCGAUUACUUGUGGUGGCAUGCUGUAUGUAUUAUGAUGCUUGAUUCUCGCGUGCAUCAUUGGUGCUUAUUUGUU